CUUUAUUCUUUAUGAUAUCUCAAUUUUCUCAACUUUCUUUUUUUUUCUUUAAAUGACGGACAGCUGGGAUCUGGCACCACAUGCUCUGUUACUUCUACUUUCGACUUCUAUCUUUGUUGACGUUGACAUUUUCAAAUUGCGUACGUCGGAGCGCGUUUUAUUUUCGGUCCUAGGUUUUAGGUCUUCGGUCUUAGGUCUUGGGUCUUGGGUCUUAGGUCUUAGGUUUUAGGGGCUUAGGAU